AUGUUAUUGGAUCAAAUACUUUUACUAGCUCUCACGGGUGUCACAUCAUCAGCUCUGCUUCCUAAAAAACAGCCAUGUUCAACUUCUACCACCAAUGUUCCACAGUACUUUCAAACAACCCCAGAACUUUGGGCUGGACCAACGGCUACUGGUCGAGCUCCUUUCCUGGCCCAGACAAAUCCAGUCUCGUUUGCACCAACUGUGACUUUCGUCCCAAAUAGUCCUCUUGAGACUGCUCAGCCCAUUAUAGGCCAAGGUCAGAAUGAGAGUAUAUUUCAACUCAUGGGACAUCUUUCUCCUUACCUGCCCAAUCCAUCCGGCUUUGGUGUUGCGGAGUAUCCAUUACCACCUGGAGCUAAGAUUGCUCAACUUCAGAUGCUUUCACGUCAUGGAGCACGUUACCCUACUUUAGGAAGCAAUGUUGUAACUUUUGGUCAGAAAGUUGCAAACAACACGGAGAACCUCGGUGCCACCGAAGCUCUCUCGUUCUUAAACAAUUGGAAGUACGAAUUGGGUCAUGAAAUUCUUGUUCCUCGUGGAAGGCAAGAAUUGUACGACAGUGGAAUCUUACACUACUACCAAUAUGCCCAAUUAUACAAUCCUUACAGCAAAAUUAUUGCCAGAACUACUACCCAAGACCGGAUGCUCAAGAGCGCUGAAUAUUUCAUGGCUGGUUUCUUUGGUCUUGAAUGGACAAAUAAUGCCACUAUUGAAGUCAUCAUCGAGUCAGCUGGCUACAAUAACAGUCUAGCAGGCUAUGAUAACUGUCCCAAUGCGAACAAUUAUAGAAGUGCUGGAGGAGCAAAUGCUACAAAUCAAUGGGUUGCUACGUAUCUACAGGACGCCACCGCUCGUUUCCGGUCAAUGGUCUCACCGGAGUUCAAUUGGACUAUCGUAGACACUUACGCAGCUCAAACAAUGUGUCCAUACGAGACUGUGGCGUAUGGCUACAGCGCCUUCUGUGAUCUGUUUACCUAUCAAGAAUGGGUCGACUUCGAAUACUCAAUCGACCUUUACUUUUCCGGCGGGAAUUCCUUCUCCUCUCCUACUGGCCGCGCCAUUGGAAUCGGCUACGUCCAAGAAGUUGUCGCCCGUCUUCAAAACCAUACCUUGGGCUAUUCUGGGUCCCAAAUCAACACUACUUUGGACAAUAAUACCGCCACCUUCCCUCUAAACCAAUCCAUCUACUUCGAUUUCUCCCACGACACAAACAUCAUGUCUAUCCUCACCGCUUUUGGGUUCAAACAAUUCGCCUCCUUCUUACCAGAUACCCAUCAUCCUGGUCCACAUAAUCUAACCGUCUCCCAUAUGGAGCCUUUUGGCGCGAGAUUAGACAUAGAGAUUAUCAAGACACCAAAACCAUUGGUAGCGGAUAGAACGUAUGUAGACGGAAAGGAAACCACGUAUAUACAUUUCAUUCUUAAUCAGAGGACAAUACCAUUGGGACUCAGUUUCCCGGAAUGCGGAGCUGAUAGAUUGGAUGGGUGGUGUGACUUGGAGACGUUUUUGGAGGUCCAGAGUAAAUCGAUGAAGGAGGCUCAGUAUGAGUAUGCUUGCUUUGGAGAUUAUCCUGCGGAGCCAUAUGGGAGUGUAACGAAUGGUGCACCCAAUUCCUAG